GUGUGGGUAUUUGUGUAAACAGUGCUACAUAUUCACACCUCCUGCCUUCGAGGUGGGGCCAUAAACGAAAUUUGGGAAGGUUCUUCAGUGCAAAGCGACGAUGAAUUCAUGUGAAAAAAGUGCAUCUAUUGUCCUGCACUUGAUAUUUCUAUAAGUGCUAGCAUAUAGGCCUACAAUGUUAGAAAACUUGGCAGUUCUUAAACACAGUAGGACUCGAUAAGAUACCUCGAGGGAAUGCAGGUUAGUGACCUUGCACCAAGUAAGCACAGUAUAGGACGAAAAGGUUCCUUGUCCAGAAGAACAACGAACUGCAAAGCUGUGAAUGAAUUUAAGCUAUAAACAAAACCCUGGAGGAACAUUUAUUAAAUUAUCUAACAGCAUAUGAGUGACUCCACGUGAUAUAAAGCAAUCAGUCGCACAGUUCAGACAACACAGAACAGAAGAAAAACUUUGAAAAGUCAUGACUAAUUGCCUUUACCACAAGGAAGCCAAAGACUGUGCUGACUGAUCCAGAAGAUCUUGUACGCAUUGCGCUGUCCAGAAAUGUAUGAAGUGACAGGUUCCAGUUUCAAGACGUUUCAGUAAAAAGGUUCCACUCGUCUGGACAAUGAAUGACAGUUUCAAUCUGCAACUCACGCACAACUACCAAUCGACCUAGGCCUCGGAGAAAUCACCCCCCUACGAAGGCAAUACUACUGUUCUCCUCGGGAGAAGCUGAAAGCACAAUCCAGAAUUUUUUCCCUAGUUCAGCUGCAAUCAAAGAUGAAGACAGCAGAAGCCAAGCAAACAGGAAGCGAGAUAAAGUCAUCCAGUCACCUACAGCCAGCAAGGAGGAGUCCUUGAGAAACUUCCGCCUCUCGUCACUACAAACAAGGAAAAAGAAGAAGAAAACAAGACGAAAAGACAGAGGACAGCCGAACUUGGUCGUAGGGUGAUGAGUUUGUACGGCCAUUAUGCAGGCAAAGGGACACCAGUUGAAGAGAAACCUGCUGGCAAGGUAGCUGAUGGGGUUUCCCAGUCAGAGAACGAAGGGACCAUGAUUCUCAGAACGCACGGACCUGACAACACACUCACUGACGGACCUAUAUCGGAGGGAACAGCUUUGCCCAAAUGCCCUCUUGGAGUUCAGGAGGACAACGCCAGUGGAGUACAGGGAACGCAUUCUUCGCCAGGAGAACUGGAUGCUAGGUCUCAGGUUAUCAUUCCCAGAUGCCGUAGGGUAAAAAGUCUGGCAAGGAAUUUGCAACAGCGUAUAUACUUUUAUGCCCCUCAUUGCCCUCCUCAAGAAGAAGAAGAGCCUAGUGAAGAAGCUGAAAGUAUAAGUUCUAGUCUGAGCAAAAGUCAAGAACAUGAGAGCUGCUGUGUUACAGAACAGGAAGGAGACUCCUUUCAGCACACUGAAGAUGUCCUAAAUGUUCCUCAGACAGCAGAUGACAAUCUUGACUCUGUCAGCAACGUUACUGAUGGAAAGAUGUCAGUAAGAAAGGAUGAAGAAUCUCUUUUGGCAGCUGAUUUGAAUGAGGAAAGUCCCCAACAUGCGACAUUUGAGGUAAUAGCUGAUAAAAUCCCACUGAACCCUCUGGGAUCACCUGUGCUGACAGAGGCCAAAAACAUCGAUAGUGAAUUAGUUGCGAGUGAGGAAAAGUGUACGCGUAACCAAGUAUGUCUUGAUGCUGCCAUGUCAGUUUCUAUUCCUGAAAAUGUUUCUGGGUCUCUCAGAAGAGUGGAGAAUAAAGGGGACAGAGACGUUCACUCUGAAAAGGACUCAAGUCCAAGAUCAGAAAUCUUUGAGAAGGGGGGAAAUGCUGAAAGCGUCCCAUGCUGGAAAACCACUUCAUCCAAUAAGAUUCUUGCUAAUGAGGAUGCCCCACAAUAUGGUGCAUCAUUAGAAGAAGACAGUGGUCAAAAAGCUGUCAGGAUGUGUGACAGUCGCCUCACAACAGAUGAAGUGCACAUCAGAACUGCACUUUCAUCAGAAGACUACAGCAUUGUCAGGCUUCGAAGGUCACAAGGCAUACAUGACGGCAUGGAACACGACUCCUACAGGAGUGCAAUUUCCCAUUCACUUCCAGGACGAGGUGAAAGAUUGUCGACGAUGACGCCUUCCAAAGGUAGAAGUAAUGACUUGGAAGGUAGUCUCAGAUCACGUAAAGCUCUAAGUACACUCUGUUUCAGUAACACUUCAGGAGUCCUCAGAGACUGCGUUUCUCUUCAUGAUACCUCACCACAGCAACUCAAAACGUUAAACAAGAAGAAGAUAUUUACGAAAAAGACUCGUAAAGUCCCCCCACCAAAGCCACCUAGGUCUAGAACUAGAGCCAAGAUGCUCGCCAACAGUGCUGGGGCAACUAUCUCAAAAACACGUGUCUCUCUUCAGGAUCACAGACUCCAGGAUAACCAAGAGACCCCUCAAAUGGGUAAGGAUCUCCAGCUUUCACAAGACAAAAUUCAACAGAGUCAUAAUCACUGUGAGCAGAAUCAAAACAGGUCAACAGUUCUCCUGAGGGACAUUGAUGAAGAAGGAUUUAUAGCUCAUGAUGAUAAGACCCCUACUGCCAUGGGAUGCCCAGACAGUAGUAGUAGUAGUUAUAGUAAUAUUAUUAGCAAGGAUUCACCUAAGAAAAAGCUACCAAAACUCUCCUCUAAGAGUGCCUUAGAUCCAAAAAAUCUCCUCCUUAUGAGACGCUGCAUAAAAUACAGGAAGUCUGAUGCCUCCCUGUUACGAAAAGAUGAAGAAUCACCAAUCACCCCAAAAAAGCCUCCAAGACCGAGCAUUGCUUUCGCCAAGAGAUGCAAUUUGCAAGAGGACCAGGAUUUAUGCUCCGAGCACCAAGCUCUCCUAGAUCUCUACUGCUCCAAGUGCCGACUGGUCAUAUGCGGGAAAUGCCAGGAGUCAUCCCACAACAGCAAGACGCACAAGGUCCUUUCAACUCCAGAUGCUCUCUCAAUGCUGCGAACGGAAACCGUGGCUCUUCUUAGACACUACUCCCUCCUGAGGUCAAUGCUGACGACCCUGAAGAGAGUCUACAACAGAUACGCAAACUCCAACCAGAAUAUGAAACUUGUCACUGAAGAGGUCUACGUGAGCCUACGCCUGGGCGACGAAACCUACCUGACGAAGGUGGUCGAGGAGGCAGAGGAACUGGCCGAAAACGCCAAGAACCUGAGCAGGAUCAAGGGGAAGGUGAAGGAGUGGGAGACUCACCAACACGACUGGGGGCACGUCGUUUUCUUAGUCAUGAGGUGCAAGUUACUGGGGAACAUCAACGCAGCCAACGACAAGGUCUUUAUAAGACUCAAAGAAUGGGUUCUGCCAACACCUUGGAUACAUCUGAGCCACCUCCUCCAGCCUUACCUGGGCGAUGACAUUAACAGCACAACCCUGACACCAGUCAGAAGAGGAUCGAUCUUGAGGAAGCAAAACAGGUCGAGCGAACUACACGGGAAGAGCAGUGAGAUCGCUCUAGAGUCCAGAGGACAAGACGUCAAAACUUUUCCAUACAAUUCUACGAGUGUGCUUGUACACAGCCUUCUGCCAUAUAUCAUCUUCAACCCUGUUGUCAGAUACUUCAUGCACAUCAACAACAAUAUAAACGCAGACAUAACGUUAGUCGUGGAACCUUCAGAGGAACACGUCCAUCAGUAUCUAAGCCGCCAGCGGUACACAGCGACAUACUCGCCAGGAACCCUACGCAGGAAUGGUUAUGAACCUUCAGACGACGCCCUCACCAUCGUGGAAAAACAGAUGAUGAUGGGCGGCAAGCAACGAUCAAGGUUAAUCGCAUCGUAUAAAUCUUCAGCAGCGACUGGAUCUUCCCCAGCAGAGAAUGUUCUGGUGAAGGUCUGCUUUCCAGACAUCAAAGUGGUGUCUGGGGGCCUGGGCUUAGCUGUGGCCGUUGGUAGCUUGAAAAAAGGGGACAUCAUAGUUGAUUCUGACCCUGCCAGAGGGCCUAAUUUGUCUGUGGUCAUUACGAAUGUAGGCGAGGUUCCUGCUCUGCGUUUUGGUCACGUGGUUCAAGGGCUUGAGAGUUUUAAGUGUCUGGUUGAGAACGAGGAAAAGCGGAGGAAUGAAGGGAUGGGGAUCAGGGCCAAGAUUAGGGCAACUGUGAAGAGAGAGGAGGAAGCCACUUACGAUAUCACAUUUGGUCUCAACAUUUGAAGAUGCAGCAGCAAUCAUUUCGUUCUGGCAAGUUUCAUUGGUGGAAAAAAAAGUCAGAUAAUAGGGAAAAGAUAAUUGUAUUCAAAUGUUUUUAUGCAAAUAUCCAGACCCAUAGAUGGUGAAUCUGUUAAGCUUCAAUGCCAACAUGUCCCAAUAUAGAAAAAAAGAUAGGCCUUUUUUUUUUGUUAUUCAAAUGGUUUUCAUACACAUAUCCAGACCUGUAGAUAGUGGAUCUGUCAAGUUUCCUUGGUGAAAAUGCCACAACAUAGGUAAAAGAGAGGCCUAUUUUGUUAUUCAAAUGUUUUCUGCAAAACAUUUCAGGCCUGUAGAUGGUAAAUACAAAUACAUAAAUACAUCAAUUGGAACAUUUAGAGAAGAUUACAGUAUCAGUAAUUUAUACAAAUCUGUAGCCUAAUUUACCUGAAGUAAAAGAUAAUACGACAGAACUUUACAAAAACUACACAUGUAUAAAAACAGAUAAGUCUUCUAAUAUUGUAACAAAAUGGCUAAAAGUGAGACAGUUGUCUAUCAGGUGAAUUUGAACUAGAUAUAAAAAAAAGUGCUAGAACAUAUCGGCCUACAUGUUGAACAUCUGCAGUUUACCUGAGCUGAGACUCACGAAUUACAUUGAAGAAAAGAGGAAUGACAGGUCAACCAUCAUUUGACAGGCUAGAUUAUGAGAUCAGUCUAAUUUUAAAUUUGAUUACUUAAUGUAUUGCAAUGUUAAAAAGAUUCACUUAAAUUUACAGAGAUACUUCUGGAUCAAAUGUUGCGAGGUGUAAAUUUGGCGGAGGGUAUCCAGGAACAGUUUCCUUAUUUAUGGAGGAACAAAAGCCCUAAUAUAAUUUGCAUUUCUGUCUAUACAUAGAUGUCUUCGAUUGUUCCUGAUAAAUAUUUAAAAUAAAAAUCACUCUUGGUAAA